AUGCCCAGAAGAACAUCCGCAGACCACCGCAAUGUCGUCGCUGUCAUCGGUACCACAGGCGUCGGCAAGUCACAGCUCGCGGUAUCCCUCGCUCAGUCUCAUCAGCGCUUCAGCAAAGGCCAUUCGCCGGCAGUGGUGCUGUCCGCAGACUCUAUGCAGCUCUACAAAGGCCUUGAUGUCAUCACCAACAAAGUCACAAAGGAAGAGAUGGGAGGCGUGGAACACUGGGGCUUGGACAUGGUCAGUCCAGCCGCGGGCCGGAGCUGGGAAGUCGGCAAAUGGUGCAAUGAAGCGGACCAGGAGAUAGCCAAUAUGCCGCUUGAAACCUUGCCGAUCGUUUGCGGAGGCACCCAUUACUUCAUUCAGCACUUUCUCUUCCCCCCACCAGAGCUCUCCUUCAGUCGAGAAGACUCGAGUGGACAAGGGCGCCCGCUAGAAAUCAGAUGGUCUCCCCCUGGACCGCCGCCACCUACACCCGAAAACCUGGCCCCUGCCUUGAAACGCCUUCUCGAAUCCUUCUGGCUGCCAGAUCCCGUCUGGCCUUCGGCAGAGCUGGAAACGCCUUCCUCACCAUCCACCAAAGCUGAAUCCUCAAAGUCUAGCCGACCGACAGUGCAAGACGAAAACAACCUUUUGAGAUUGUUUCGUCUACUAGAGGCUGUGGACCCGACUGAAGCAGGACGUUGGCAUUGGAAAGAUGGGCGAAAAGUGCGGAGGGGUUUGGAAAGGUGGUGGGAGCGCGGAGGUCCGGUAAACCAAAAAAAUGACGUUUUGGAGAGCGAGGCGAGGCCUUCUGGUAAAGAUGGGAGACACGCCAAGUUCAGAACUCUCAUAUUUUGGGUCUAUGAACCUCUGACAUCACUACGGCCAAGGCUCGACAAACGCGUUGACAAGAUGCUCGAGAAUGGUCUACUACGAGAGAUCGAAGAAUUGCGGGGAAUUGCAGCCGAGCUGUUUGGCAGCGACAACCCUGUCGAUCAUACGGAGGGGAUCUUUCAGUCUAUUGGCAAGUUGCGGUCUCGAUUGCAAACGACAAUAACUCACAGAAGUCUUGGCAGGAUACAAAGACCAGACCCUCAAAGUCACCCUCUCUUCCCAGCCAUGCUCGAGAGGACCAAGAUAUCCACCCAUCAGUACGCCAAAUCACAAAUAAGCUGGAUCAAGAAGCAACUGCUGCCAGCCGUGCGCGAGGCCCGGUCCCUGGGUGGACAGGUGGAAGUGUAUGUUGUGCCCGGCGGAGAAAAGGGGGAGAAACCUGCCGUGGAUGUUCUGAGUCGAUUCUUGAAGGAAGAAAAGCUCCCGGAUGCAAGCGCAAUCGGCCACCCGGAUGCGGGUGAGCUUCGUCAAAGCCUCAAUGCGCGAAAGUUUUGCGAUAUCUGUUCCACUCCAAACCAACCUUAUUCCGUCAUCGUUCGCGACUGGGACGCGCAUCUGAAGUCCAAGAUACAUAAUCGCAAUUCGCGGUCGUAUGACAAGUCUGACAGGGAAGCCUGGAUAGCUGAGCAGAGGGCGAAAGCCGAACAAAGAAGGGCAGAGAAGGAGAGAUCAAGAGAAGAGUCGGUACAGCAGCAGGAAGAAAUUUAG